GCGGGCGACUCUGUGGUUUCUCUUCCGGGUGGCGCGUACGGCGGCCGCGGAGGGCCCGGCGGCGGCAUGGCGGCUCACCUGAAGAAGCGGGUGUACGAGGAGUUCACCAAGGUGGUCCAGCAGCAGCACGAGGACCUGUCCGCUAAGAAGCUGCGGCUGACCAAGCCCAGCAAGUCGGCCGCGCUCCAUGUCGACCUGUGCAAAGCCACCUCGCCUGCAGAUGCCUUGCAGUACCUGCUCCAGUUUGCCAGGAAGCCUGUGGAAGUGGAGAGCGUGGAGGGGGUUGUCAGGAUCCUGCUGGAGCAUUAUUACAAGGAGAAUGAUGCCUCUGUAAGAUUGAAGAUUGCUUCCUUGCUGGGGUUGUUAUCGAAGACUGCAGGAUUUUCCCCAGACUGCAUUAUGGAUGAUGCCAUUAACACGCUUCAAAAUGAGAAGUCUCACCAAGUCCUUGCUCAGCUGCUGGACACCCUGUUGGUGAUCGGCACAAAACUCACAGAGAAUCCGUCUGUCAGGAUGAGGCUGGUAGAGGUAGCCUGCAAGCAUCUGACAGAUUCUUCCCAUGGUGUAAGAAAUAAGUGUCUUCAGUUAAUUGGCUGUCUUGGACCAGUGGAAAAAGGUGUUGCAAAAGAAGUUGAAAGCCAGGCUGCCAAAGAUGUCCAGAAGAUAAUAGGAGAUCAUUUUAAUGACCAGGACCCUCGUGUUAGGACUGCAGCUAUAAAAGCCAUGCUGCAGCUUCAUGAAAGAGGAUUAAAAUUACAGCAGGCUAUUUACAGUCAGGCCUGCAAGCUGUUGGCAGAUGAUUACGAGCAAGUGCGCAGUGCUGCAGUUCAGCUAAUUUGGGUCCUCAGUCAACUUUACCCUGAAAGCAUCGUCCCGAUUCCUUCUUCUAAUGAAGAAAUUCGCUUGGUUGAUGACGCAUUUGGAAAAAUUUGUCAUAUGGUUAGUGAUGGUUCCUGGGUUGUUAGAGUACAAGCUGCUAAGUUAUUGGGUUCUAUGCAACAAGUUAGCUCCCAUUUCUUAGAGCAGACCCUUGACAAGAAGCUCAUGUCAGAUCUGAGGAGGAAGCGCACUGCGCAUGAACGAGCCAAAGAACUCUACAGCUCUGGGGAGUUUUCAAGUGGCAGAAAGUGGGGAGAUGAUGCUCCCAAAGAAGAAAUUGAUACAGGUGCUGUAAACCUGAUUGAAUCAGGAGCUUGUGGGGCUUUUGUUCAUGGCCUGGAAGAUGAGAUGUAUGAGGUUCGGAUUGCUGCCGUUGAAGCCCUCUGUAUGUUGGCUCAGUCCUCACCUUCUUUUGCGGAGAAGUGCCUGGAUUUUUUGGUUGACAUGUUUAAUGAUGAAAUUGAGGAGGUGAGACUGCAGUCAAUACACACAAUGAGAAAAAUUUCCAACAAUAUCACACUGCGGGAAGACCAGCUGGAUACUGUGUUAGCUGUCUUGGAGGAUUCUUCAAGGGACAUUCGGGAAGCGCUUCAUGAGCUGUUGUGUUGCACCAAUGUCUCAACUAAAGAAGGCAUCCAUCUUGCACUGGUGGAGCUGCUGAAAAACCUAACUAAGUAUCCCACAGACAGAGAAUCCAUAUGGAAAUGCUUGAAGUUCUUGGGAAGCAGGCAUCCCACUUUGGUGCUUCCGUUAGUCCCAGAGCUGCUAAGCACGCAUCCGUUCUUUGACACUCCAGAACCAGACAUGGAUGACCCAGCUUACAUUGCUGUUCUGGUUCUGAUUUUUAAUGCUGCUAAAAGUUGCCCAACAAUGCCUGCCCUGUUCUCUGAUCAUACAUUCAGACAUUAUGCCUAUCUUCGGGAUAGUCUUUCUCAUCUGGUCCCUCCAUUAAGAUUGCCAGGUAGAAAGCUGGUGUCGUCCCCUGUCUCUCCCAGUAUUACACCACAUGAAGAUCCUUCCCAGCAGUUCUUGCAUCAGAGCCUGGAGAGGGUUUACAACCUUCAGCACCUCGACCCACAGGGCAUACAGGAGCUACUGGAAUUUACCAUCCGUGAUCUUCAGAGGCUUGGAGAACUGCAGUCGGAACUGGCAGGGAUGGCAGAUUUCACUGCAACUUACCUUCAGUGUCAGCUGCUCCUCAUCAAGGCCUUGCAAGAGAAGCUGUGGAAUGUGGCAGCUCCUCUGUACCUGAAACAGAACGCAUUGGCAUCUGCUGCAGCAAAACAGAUCUUGGAAGAAACUUAUAAAAUGGAGUUCAUGUACAGCGGAGUGGAAAGUAGACAAGUGGUCAUUAUUCACCACAUGAGACUGCAAGCGAAGGCGUUACAGCUUAUAGUGACUGCGCGUACCACUAGAGGAGUGGAACCCCUUUUUGGGAUGUGUGAAAAAUUCCUACAGGAAGUAGAUUCCUUUCAGAGAUGUUUCAUCUCUGAGCUCCCACAUAUGCAAGGCAGUUUUGUAGACAAAUUGCUGGACUUAAUGCCCAGACUCGUGACAUCCAAGCCUUCGGAAGUGGUCAAGAUUCUUCAGACAACACUGCGACAAAGUACCUUUCUCCACCUUCCUCUUCCAGAGCAGCUCCAUAGAGCUACUGCAAAUAUCAUUGAGCCUACUGGUGAAUCUGAUAAUCCUCUGAGGUUUACGUCGGGGUUGGUAGUGGCACUGGAUGUUGAUGCAACUCUGGAACAUGUGCAGGAUCCCCAAGGAACCGUUAAAGUUCAGGUAUUGUAUCCAGAUGGACAAGCACAGCUAAUCCAUCCUAAACCAGCUGACUUUCGAAAUCCUGGUCCUGGAAGGCACAGACUGAUAACUCAGGUUUACCUCUCACACACAGCCUGGACAGAGCCAUGUCAGAUUGAAGUGCGGUUGCUGCUGGCUUACAAUUCCAACAGGAGCAAGGCAUCUGCGAAAAUUCUUAAAUCUACCUGGAGCGAGAGCUUGGAGGCUCUCCCACAAUCUGAAAACGGCAUAGAGGGGACCAUACCCUUCAGCAAACCUGUCAAAGUUUAUAUAAUGCCCAAACCUGCCAGACGGUGAAAUCUGUCACUAAAAGAAAUAUAUUUAUGGGCUUGUUGGGUUACAUGAAAACAAUAUACAGUGUUCCAAGAUAGUGAACCAAACCAAAACAGUUUUAUACUUGCAUAAAAAAAGUCAACUGCAGAAAUAAAGCAGCUGAAGAACGAUUGCUCUCCUCUGCUAAGAAGCAGACGGCCCAAUACAGGAGUUAUUCAGCUAGUUAAGAGUAGUUUCAGGAAAAUGGAGGUGUUUCUAUAUUGAAUCAGCAAAAUCAAGACAGAUCUCCAUCAGCAUUCUGGGAGUAAUUUCAUUGGGCCGUAUCUUCAGUUUUUACUUAUCAAAAGUUUCUCAUUGAGGCCUCCAGGUUUUCUGCUAUGUAUUUACUAGGUAUUUACUAUGUAAAUGCUUAGGCACAUAAAUCAAUGUUAUUUUUACAGUACUCUGAAAUGAAGCUAAGGAGUUUGGUUUUUUGUGGGGGUUUGUUGAGGGGUUUUUUUUUUUGAAUGUCUAAAACUUGUAUUUGUGCAUUGGUACCUAAAUUCUUAGUGGAAAAAAAAAAUAAUUCUAAAGUGCUAUUGUUCUUGUGUAGGAUCUGCACCUCAAAGUGAAAUUGCCAAUUGCCGUAGGCUAAAUCCUGAGCUAUUUUACAUCCUGUACAGCUGUUCCGAAGCUAGGACAGUUUUGGGGAGGGCACAGGUUGUUCAUGUUGUGGUGUGGGGGGAGGAGGAACCUGUUGGUGCAAGCAGCGGAACUUCAGUUAGCAGGACAUGGAGUUUAAUUGAGUUUACAUAAAAUGGAGUCAAACGUAUUAAUUUCUGAAUUGUAAUCCAGUUCUCCCGUUGCAUAUUUGUAUGUCUUCAGGAACAAUGCAAUUAAAUACCAUGGGCUGGAAAAUUAGUAACCCCAUCCCACUAAGUUCUGCAGAAUUUCUUUCUUUGUGAUGAUCUUGGCGUGAGCCAAUCUUACUGAGAUGAGAAAAUCUGUUUAGUUUUUCAAUUCAGCAGCAGUUUUGGCAGUCAAAGUCUUUCUGAUCAGCUGAAGUAGCCAAACACUCUCUCAAUUAAGCAGCAGUCAGGCAGCUCGUCAGUGUUCCCCUAAGGAGGUGAGCUGGGAGUAUGGAGGGACAAGAACUUAUGAAAAACACGAUCCUUCUGGCAUUCCUGUUGGAAAGUGUGUCUGUGCAAGGCUUCAGUGGACUGAGGAACCUCCUAUGAUUAGUAGCAAUCCUUUGGUAGGAUUUUCUAGGAGCACUUAAUGUGUGAAACUUUAUAGUGCAGCAGCCAAAUGUUACCUGUGUUCAGAAAUCAAUUGUUAAAAAAAAAAAAGGUGUAUUUUUAGCAAGUAAACAAAGUAGUGAAGAAAUACUUUCCAGUUGUACAGAGAUUGGUGUAAAAACCCCUUAUGUGCUUUCCCACAAUAAAAUUGGAAAACUCA